AUGACAACACAUAAUCAUAGUAUUGAUUCAAUGAGAAAAAUCUAUGAUCAUGUUUGGCAUUGGAUAGUUAAACAGACAUAUGAAAUAACAGAUUCACCUAUAAACUCAACGAAUACAAAUCAUCGAAAAACUAAAUCAACUACAAUUGACAAUUCUCAACAAACAAAAUCUUGUCAAAAUAUGAAGUGUAUUGUUUCACCUAAACAAAAUAUAAAUUCAACAAAACGUAUGACACCUGAUUAUUCAGAUAUGGAACGAAAUAAUAUUUAUGCUGAAACACCACCAAAACCUAAACCGAAUUCCUCAUCAUCUGUAUUACCACCAACAUUUGUUAAUGGUACAAGUCAUUAUAUGCCUAUUCUUCAACAAAGACGACCUCCAAAUAUAUCAAAUUAUAAUGAUGGUCAUAUACGAAAUUUGAAUGGUACAUCAAGUUCAUCAAUGUCAUCAUUUUCAACAGCAACUUGUUCAUCACGAUCUACAACACCAUCGAACUCAUAUCGUCAUGAUACAACAUCAAUAAUGACACGUUCAGCUGAUGCAUCAUCAUCAUGUGGAUUAAUAACACAAAUAAAAAACGGAACAAAUAAUACCAAAUCAAAGUCAACAUAUAAUAUUGAUACAUCAACAAUAGAUCGAUCAAGAACACAAACAAAAGAUAAUUUGAAUAAUAAUAGUAAAUGUUUAAAUAUGAUUACAAAUGGAAAUUUCGUACCAUUACAAUCUGUCAAAGAAGAUGAAUGCCUUGAAGUUAAUAAUGAUACAAAUAAAAUACGUUCAAAAGUAAGAUUAAAAAAUGAUGAUGAACAACAACGUAUGCUCAUCGAUAUACUCAAACAAAAAUAUCCACGACAACAUGCCUCUUCAUCAUCAGCUGUAUCGACACCAAUGAUGCCACGAACAAAUUCACCUCAUCAACGUUCAUCAUCAACUGAUCCAAUUGAAGAUGAAUUAACGACAGGAACUAGAAAUGGUCAGCAUAAUAGAAUAGAAAAGAAAGCAAAUCUUAGUUUCUUAAUGGCAUUUCCGCAACAUCUAACAAUGAAACAUAUGGAUACUGACGAUGUACGGAUUUAUAUACGUGAACCUGAUAAAGAUAUUUUUUAUCAAUUAGAAGAUAUGAGUGAUGUCAAAGAUCGUUCCGUCCUAAAAGUCGUUCAAUUGAAUAAUAAUAAUAAUAAUAAAACACAAGUUUCAUUUAAACAACCCGAAUCUGAUGACAUAUCUAUUUAUGUUCCAUUUACAUCACGUCCAACACUUGCAAGUGAAAUAACUUAUCAACGUUUAAGUCGUCUCGGUCGUAUGCCGUCAACAACAUCUAUUCCAUCAACAUCAUCAAGAAAUGAAUCAAACGAAGAUAAAUCAACAUCAUCGAUACCAGCACAUCCACAAAUAUCAUCUAAUACUUCUUCAUCUCGUUCUCUUAGUGAACCAAGACGUCGAUCAGCUACUAAAGAAACAAUAUCUAUUGUUAAUAAUCAAACAUCUACAAAUUCGAAUUUAAUGGCUCCAAAGGCUAUCACAUCAUCGCCAAGAAGUGGUUCAACGACACCGACAACACCUCGAGUUGGUGAUGAUGAAGCUCGUAGUAAAAUGGCUUGGAUGGAAAAACAACUUGAAUCAUUAACUGAUCUUGUUAAAGAAUUAACUCGUGAACGAACUCUUAAUGAACAACAAUUAUCAACAAGAACAGGAAUCUAUAGAGACAUUAAUGGUAAGUCAUUACGUCAACAACUAUAUGAAUUGAAAGUCAAAACCCAUACAUUACGUAAUGAUUUAAUAUCAAUACGACGUAUGCAACAGUCAUUACAAGAGAAUUUCAAAAUACACUUAGAAGAUGCUAAUAAAAAAAUAGAAGAUUACAUUUCACGUUUAUAUCGAAUUGAAACACGUUCAGAACAAUGUCGUACUGUUGAAAAUGAACUUGAUUUAUACAUGAUAAAUAGUACAAAAAUUGAUCGAGAUUUAGAAGAUUUAGAAGCAUCAGUGGAAGAAUUACAAAAUGAUGUUAAAUCUAAACAAUGUUAUGUAACAAUGAAUGAUGUUGAAAGUUUUGCUUUAGUUUUGAGUACCAUUAGUCGUUCAUUAGUCGAUCUAAAAGCUUCAUUUCCAGUGUUACGUGAGAAAAUUUCUUCACUUGGUCAACAAUCAAGUUUAAAUGACGAUCAGAAAUUUUUACAUGAAGAACCCGAACGUCUUGAUUAUACAAUUAAAAAAUGUAAACGUUUAACUACAAUGCUCUAUCAACUCAAACGGUUAGCUGUUUCUCAAGAACAAAAAGCAGUAUCACAAAAACCACGAUGCCAAUUUUCAUUUGGUUCAAAUGGAAAAUCAGUUGAUCGUAAACGUUUAUUAGAACAGAUAGAAUCAGUCUCACAAAAUUCUGAUGGUCGAGUAAAAUCUAUUGAGAAAGCAGAAAAAUUACGAGAACGUCGUUUACAUUAUGCAAAUCAACUGGAUAUACUCAAACAAAUGAAAUACACAUCGGAACAAAUGAAUGGACAUGAUUCAGGACAAUAUUUUGAUACACGAAGUUUAACAAAUUCAAUUUUACUAUCAUCAAGUACACGAACAAGUAUAUGUUCAAUACAAUCAACAACAGAUUCAACAGCACUAUCAAAUAAUUGUCCAUCGCCAUCACUUUCAUUUAUUGUUCGUCAAGCAGUAAUCUCUCCAACAAAUCCACCAGUCAUAAUAAAUGACACAAAAACUCGUCCACAAACAUCAAUGAAACAACCAACAAAAGUAACAUUUUCUCAACAAUUAAUAACAAACGGAAAAUCUUCAACAAAUUCACGUGAUCAUUCAACUGAUUCAUAUUUAUCAACAAAUGGUAUUUGUAUAAAUAAAAAAACUAAACCAACACCACCUCCACGCAUACAAAGUACAUCAUCAUCAGCUGUUUCAAGUGCAGCAUCAUGUUCAUCAUCAUCUAGUUCAUCAUCAUCAUCAAAUAGUAGUGCAAAUUCACGUUCAACCAAUGGUUUUUGUGGUAUUAUACCACUUGUUAUUUCACCUGAUCGUCGUCAUAAUGGACGAUGUAAUUCAUUUUCAUCAUCAAGUACUGAUACGGAUUCAGUUAUAUCCAAUCCUCGUGGAACUGUUCCACAUAAAUCACCAACAGUCAUUAAUACAAAACCAAUAUUGAUAUCAAAUGGUUUUCAUCAUAAAACAUCAACAUCAACUAAUUCAACAACAUUAAUGCGCGCUUCAGUUACUGAUCUGUAG